AUGAUUUUGUUCUACCUAUAUAGGCUAUCCAUUGCGAUGGUCUCUAUCCUAUUCAAAUUACUUCUUGAUUCCCAUUCGUGCGUCGCUGAAAAUCCUGAGGAGAAACAGGCCGUCACUUUCAAUCCUGAAAAACCGAUUUCCGAGAACUUUUUCAACUACUCCCAGUUCGCUCUCUACUACUUUCCCCAGGUGCACUUCUUCGAUAAGUACUUUACAAUUGUCCUCUUCACCAUCGGCUUUCCUGGCAACUUCAUCGCCUUCAUGGUAUGGUCCAGCAAACGGAUGUACCACGGGAACUCGGCAGCCGUCUACUUGGCAGCUCUUUCACUCAACGACACUGUUGUUCUAGCCAUCUCUCUCUUCCGUGACUUGACGAGAACUUGGGAUGUACCCUUCUAUCCAACACCGGGAUCUUGUGAAGUCCUCGAAACUCUCACGUUAACUGUUCAAUAUGCCUCUCCUAUGUUCGUCCUAGCCUUCACUGUAGAACGAUGGCUAGCGAUAUGCCAGCCAUUCAUGGUCUCCCGAAUCUGUUCCGUUAAGCGAGCUGUCCAUAUCUGCGUUGGCAUUAUCCUCCUAACUCUCCUCGUUUGUUCUCCCAUGGCCUAUCUGAUGGGCACAGAUCCCCAGGGAUGCCAAGCGCGUUCCACAGCCGUCUUCUACUUCACGACAACUCUUGAAGUGCUUUACUCCCUCGUAGCUCCACUCUUAGUUCUUACCUUUAACUGUCUCGUUAUCAACGAGAUGGCAAAGAUUCGACGCGCCCAAAUGAAGAAAAUGAUUCCGGUUGUGCCGCGAGGCAGCUCCACUGGUGGACGGGUCAACGAUUCGGGAAUGGUGCGACGACUGCUUCGAAAAUCCACUUCCGAUAAAGACUCUGAGAUCGGAGCAAUAAAAUUGUCCACUUCCUCCAAGGAGCCCCCUAGAGGACGGGCAGAGAGUGAUCAGACGGCGGGUGGUGGAGAGGCCUCUUCACCCAAAUUCAAGUCCACCACAAUAAUGCUACUGGUGGUCAGCUUCUAUGUUAUUUUUGCCACUCUCCUCGGCGGUCUGUGGUAUGUGCUUGAUCUCAAGUUCUCCAUCGAUACCUACGUUGGAUGGCCAAAGCGUCAGCGUAGAGACAAUAUGAAUUGUGUACCCCACGCACUUUGGGGAGGAGGUUUGCCAGACCUGGAGGUUUUAGAUCCGCUCUGA